AUGACGGGGGCUCCGCCGUACAAUCCCCAGUCCCCUUCCCAGCAAUCUCGUUAUCCCGCCUAUUCGCCUCCCAGCAAGAACCGCCCUUUCUACCCCAACAAUGACCAAUACCAGCAACACCCUCCCCAGACACCUCCCGCCUUUCCGCCUCAAUCUUCCCUAUCGAGGAGCCCUCACUACUCCCAUGCCUCGUCUCCGCUACCCGCCGCACUCCCGCCUUUGAAGGGUAACGCGCCUGCGCCCCAUCCCUCCGACCCUUCUUCACAGUAUCAACCACAUUCAUCGGCCGGCGCACCACCCCAAUUUCUGCCCCGACCGUACUCAGGAUCUGUUCUAUCGGGAAACGGGGCUUCGCCUUACAACCAGUCGAGUCCAUCUCACCCCCACCCUUCGGGUCGCCCGGAGAGUCAUCCACAUUUAUCCCCCAAGAAGGAGGCGGCCUCCUCACCUUACGCCAUGGGGAACCACAGCUAUUCGUCAAUGCCGCGGGAGCCGAGACCAUCCUCGCCCCUUAAGGAAGCUAAACCGACUCGAGCGGCAGAUCCCAUGUCUUUCGCAAGCAUUCUUUCUGGACCGGCCGAGGAAGCGCCUCCGAAGAGACCAUCUCCUCCCCUUGAAACAACUGCCCCUGUACCGAUGACGUCUGAGCCAGUUCUCAAAGCCCGCUCACCUGUGCCCAUUACGGCCGCAAUAUCCCAUCCAAGGGUCAAGGAACAGGAGCCGGAUUUCGCGCCCAGCUUUUCUUCAAUCAAAGCAGACAAAGGACUUAGCAGCACUGAGAGGCGUCUUCGGACGGGAGAAUUAGAGCCGACGGACUCGACUCCAACUAACGCCAACGGCCUCCCAACCCGUGCCGCCCCGACGCGAAAAAUGCUUUCCGAACGUGAUAACGAGGCUGUCAAUAAGCUGAUGGCUGAGAUUGACAAUGCCGACAAAAGUGACGUCGAAGGACCAGGCUUUGAGGGGGAGCUGGAACGUUACGAAGCUCGGGGCAAGAAAAGAGCCAUCAACGCAGAGAAGGCCGAGAGUGUCAGGCGCAAGCGCCGCCGAAAUGACUUCUUGAUAAAACUCGGGAAAACAUUUGAAAAGCAAGCCUCCGCUGGUAUGGAUCGCUUCAGGGUGGCGAAUGAAUCCUCCGUCAUCGCUGAGGUGCAGGCGAAAGAAAUUCAGGACGAAAAGGAGCGCAAAAAGGACAUGCAACGGAAGCGACGCCGAGAGAACACGGUGCGCCUGGAGAUGCAGAAGAAGAUCGAGGCGGAGCGCAAGGCAAACAAGGCCCAAGACUCUGCCGAAAAAGCGAAGUUUCUCCGCGAGGCCGAACGGGCUCAGCGCAAGAUCAAGAUCACCAAACGAGCCCUGGACGGCGUCACGGCGCCCGAAGAGAUCGGCGAAGUCACGCCGUUGGCUCCAAACCUGGAAGGCGGCACGACCAGCUCCUUUCACAUCGGCCGCUCCCCGUCUCGACGCAAGUCUGGACGUGGUGGCCCCGUUACGCGUCCCAAAAAGUCCAAGGAACAAAAACAGGCCGAGAAAGAUGCCGCGGAAGCCGCCUAUGCCGCCAUGGAGAACGAAGAGCUUCUGCCAAUCGCCCCUAAGGAUGAUCCCCGGAAAGAAUCCCUCAAGAAGGAAACUAAGGGCAGUCGUUCCAAGGAGGCCACGCCCACUCCUCUGUCCGCCUUCGAGACCAAGGGUUACAAUCAGAUCUACGAGCAGAUCUGGCGAGACAUCGCCCGCAAAGAUAUUCCUAAGGUCUACCGCAUCAAGGCACUCUCGCUCAGCACGCGCCAGGAGAACCUACGCAAAACGGCUCAGCUGGCCAGCAAGCAAUCUCGCAAGUGGCAAGAACGGACCAAUAAGAGCAUGAAGGAUACACAAGCUCGCGCCAAACGCACGAUGCGUGAGAUGAUGUCGUUCUGGAAGCGGAACGAACGUGAGGAGCGGGACAUGCGUCGCUUGGCCGAGAAACAAGAAAUCGAAUCGGCCAAGAAGGCAGAAGCCGAGCGCGAAGCCAACCGCCAGAGGCGUAAGCUCAACUUCCUGAUCUCCCAAACCGAACUCUACUCCCACUUUAUCGGUCGAAAGAUCAAGGGCGCCGAGGGCGAUGAAGCCGGGGACACGGCUAUGGAGGGCGGGGACGAGACUGCCCAGCCCGACAAAGGCAUCGACGACGUGGGCGCCAAAGUCACCAAUUUCGAAGACCUGGACUUUGACGCCGAAGAUGAAACGGCGCUGCAGCAGGCUGCCAUGGCCAACGCGCAGAAUGCGGUCCAGCAGGCCCAAGACCGAGCGCGCGCUUUCAACAAUGCGAACCAGGACGACCCGAUGGCGGCCAUGGACGAGGGUGAACUGAACUUCCAGAACCCAACCAGCUUGGGCGAUAUCGAGAUCUCUCAGCCGUCGAUGUUGACCGCGAAACUCAAAGAGUAUCAGCUGAAGGGCCUGAACUGGCUGGUCAACCUCUACGAACAGGGUAUCAACGGCAUUCUGGCAGAUGAGAUGGGUCUUGGUAAAACUAUCCAGUCGAUUUCUGUCAUGGCCUACCUGGCCGAGGUCCACAACAUCUGGGGCCCGUUUUUGGUCAUUGCGCCCGCAUCUACUCUGCACAACUGGCAGCAGGAGAUCACUAAAUUCGUCCCCGACAUUAAGGUCCUGCCUUACUGGGGUUCGGCCAAGGACCGCAAGAUUCUCCGCAAGUUCUGGGACCGGAAGCACAUCACCUACACCAAGGAAUCGGAAUUCCAUGUUCUGGUGACCUCGUACCAGCUGGUGGUUCUCGAUGCCCAGUAUUUCCAGAAGGUCAAGUGGCAGUACAUGAUUCUCGACGAAGCCCAGGCCAUCAAAUCGUCGCAAAGCUCACGGUGGAAGAACCUCUUGGGUUUCCACUGUCGGAAUCGUCUUCUGCUCACGGGUACACCCAUUCAAAAUAACAUGCAGGAGCUGUGGGCUCUUCUCCAUUUUAUCAUGCCGACCCUCUUUGAUUCACAUGACGAAUUCAGCGAAUGGUUCUCGAAGGAUAUCGAGUCUCAUGCGCAAAGUAACACGAAGCUCAACGAGGACCAACUCAAGCGUCUGCAUAUGAUUCUGAAGCCCUUCAUGCUUCGUCGUGUCAAGAAGCAUGUUCAGCAGGAGCUCGGAGACAAGGUGGAGAAGGAUAUCUUCUGCGACCUUACCUACCGCCAGCGGGCCUACUAUACCAACCUGCGCAACCGCGUGAGUAUCAUGGAUCUAAUCGAGAAGGCGGCCAUUGGCGACGAGGCCGACAGCACGACCUUGAUGAACCUCGUCAUGCAGUUCCGGAAAGUCUGCAAUCACCCCGACCUCUUCGAACGAGCCGAGACGAAGUCGCCCUUCUCUCUGGCGCAUUUUGCGGAAACCGCCUCGUUUGUGCGGGAAGGGCAAAAUGUCGACGUCGCCUACUCAACCCGCAACCUGAUUGAAUACCCUCUUCCGCGCCUUCUGUGCGGUUCGAGUGGCCGGGUCGACGUGGCCGGGCCGGACAACACGCAGGCAGGCUUCCGCGGCAAGUAUCUGGAUCACUUGAUGAAUAUAUUUGCGCCCGAUAAUAUCAAGCAAAGCGCCAAUGGCGACGGUGCCUUUUCCUUCUUGCGCUUUGUGGACACGUCGAUCGGGGAAGCUUACGAGCAGUCACAUCUCGGGGUCUUCGAGCGUGCAACCCGGCGCCGUGGCCUGACGAACCGGUUGUCCCGCCUGAACGUGAUCUACGACGAAGAUCGCGACGAAACGGCGGCGUCGGCGCUGCCCCAUACCAUGUUCAACAUUGUUCAGCGCAAUGACCGCCGUGCCGUGCACGACAUCACUACGGAGGGCUACAUGCGGGACCUCAUGACCGUUUCGCAGUCGACGUUCGAGCGGGAGGGGCUGAACGUCAUCGAACCCUGCGUGAGUCCGGCGGCUUCGGCGCCCCCCGUCACUCUUGCGGCCUCCAGCCGAGGCUCUCUGGUCGAGAUGAGGGACAGUCUGUUCAACGUGCCCGUGCGCCAUGCUCUGCUCCCGACGUCCUCGAAGCAGUUGGAUCUACAGAUCUUGGAGAAGAAGGUCGAUCCGGUUCCUUACUCCCCUGCCCCUAUGCUGCCGGACCCGAUCUCGACCAAGGGACGGUACACGCACAUCGAGGUGCCUUCCAUGCGGCGGUUCGUCACCGAUUCGGGCAAGCUGGCCAAGCUGGACGAGCUGCUACGCGAGCUGAAGGCGGGCGGGCACCGGGUGCUGCUGUAUUUCCAGAUGACGCGGAUGAUCGAUCUGAUGGAGGAAUAUCUAACCUACCGCAACUACAAGUACUGCCGGCUGGACGGAAGCACCAAACUGGAGGAUCGUCGCGACACGGUGGCCGAUUUCCAGCAGCGACCGGAGAUCUUCGUCUUUCUUCUGUCCACGCGUGCGGGUGGACUGGGUAUCAACCUGACGGCCGCCGACACGGUCAUCUUCUACGAUUCGGACUGGAACCCCACGAUUGACUCGCAGGCGAUGGAUCGAGCGCACCGUCUCGGCCAGACGCGGCAGGUGACGGUGUACCGGCUCAUCACGCGGGGGACGAUCGAAGAGCGCAUCCGCAAGCGUGCGCUGCAGAAGGAAGAGGUCCAGCGGGUGGUCAUCUCGGGAGGAGCCGCCGGCGGCGUGGACUUCAACACGCGCAACCGGGAGAGCCGCACCAAGGACAUUGCCUUGUGGCUGGCGGACGACGAGCAGGCGGAGCUGAUCGAGCAGAAGGAGAAGGAGGCGGCGGACCGCGGCGAGGUGUUCGGGUCCAGUAAAGGCGGCAAGAAGGCGGCGCAGAAGAAGAAACGCGACAUCACGCUGGAUGAUAUGUAUCAUGAAGGCGAAGGCAAUUUCGACGAUGCCAGCGCGAAUGCCAGUGGCAAGCCGUCCGGGGCGGCGACACCGGUGUCGACGGCGGAGAACGUGGGAACGCCGUCGACGACGCCGGUGGCCAAGCGCGGUGGUCGCGGACGCGGAUCGGGGAAAGGCACGUCCAAACGAGCCAAAACUACGAAGGAACGAUUACGUCUGAUCGAUGGUGACGGCGGGUUGGGACCCAGUUGA